AUGCUGUCCCCGGAGGGUUUGGUGGCCGCAGCCGCGGUGCUCAUGGGGCUGGCCCUCCUAGCUUGGUGCCUUUGGGCAGGGAGGCUGGAGGUGCCUGGAGACGUGGGAGAGGAGGAUGAGAAGGAGGAGGAGGAGGAGGGGAUCCCCUUCAUGGCCGAGGAGGGCUCGGGGCACUGCCGGCUGCUGUGCAAGCCCUCGGCUCUGGCCCAGCACCUGGUGCGGAGCUUGGGGCGCUCGGCGGCGCUGCGGGGGGGACGCUGGCUGUGGCCGUGCUGGCCCCGGCUCCAGAUGCUGUGGCAGCUCCUGCAGCCACCUGAGCCGGAGCCGAUGGUGGCCCGUGAGCUCCUGCAGCUGUCCGACGCUGGGCUGGUAGCCCUGGACUGGUUGGUGGGGCCGUGGGGGGGUUCGGGUGGCGGCAGGGGGGUCUCCAGCCCGGUGCUGCUGCUCAUUCCCAACGCUGCCGGGAAGGUGACGGGGGGGCUGCUGCAGCUGGGGCUGCGGGCGCUGGAGCGGGGCUUCAUCCCCGUCAUCUUCAACCGCCGGGGCCACAAUGGCUGCCCCCUGACCACCCCCCGGCUCCAGCCCUUCGGGGAUCCCGGGGACCUGCGGGAGGCUGUGACCUACCUGCGGUGCCGGCACCCCUCUGCCUCUCUGCUGGCCGUCAGCGAGGGCUCGGGCUCGGGGCUGCUGCUCGCCUACCUGGGCGACGGCUCCUCCAGCCGCCUGGCCGCCGCCGCCUGCCUCUCCCCCAUCUUCCGUGGCCGGGACUGGUUUGAGGCCACGAUGCCCUGGCUUUACGAGUGGCCGCUGCUCCUCCACCUCAAGCAGGGAUUGAGCAGGUACGCGGGGGCCCUGGCCGAGGUGGUGGACACGGACAGGCUCCUGGGCAGCCGCUCGCUGCGGGAGCUGGAGGAAACGCUCUUCUGCCGGACUCGGAGCCGCCCCACCAGCUGGGAGAGCUACUGGGAGCGCAACGAGCCCCUGCGCGACGCGGACGAGGCGGCGGUGCCGGUGCUGUGCCUCUGCAGCGCCGAUGACCCCGUGCGCGGCCCGCCGGCCCGCAGCCUGCCCCGGGAGCUCUUCCGCAGCAGCCCCUACUUCUUCCUGCUGCUGACCCCGCACGGGGGGCACUGCGCCUUCCCCCGCCGGGGGCCGGGGCGCUGCUGGGCCCACGAGGCCGUGCUGGAAUAUUUCAGGGCCAUGGCCGAGUUCCUGCGGAUGGAGGAGAGGAGGAAGGGGCUGCCGCGGCCCCGCAGGUGGGGCGGUUCCCCGGUCGAGCCCCCCGUGUUCACCUGGCAGAGGUCCUACACGCGGUAGCGCCCCUGGGGCAGGGUCUCACAAAGGCAGGCAGACACUCCGUGUACUAAA